CUCCAGCCUCUCUGGGACGGAAGGAGACUCUCGUGAUCCGUGUGCUGUGCUGUGCUGUGCUGUGCUGUGACCUGCUGCCGGGAGCUGUGAGGAGAGUCCAGCGCCAUGAGUGGGCUUUGCUGGAUCCUUCCCAGAAGAAUCUCUACAAAGAUGUGAUGCUAGAAACCUACUGGAACCUCACUGCUAUAGGUUAUAAAUGGGAAGACUGCAAUAUAGAAGAACAUGGUCAAAUUUCUAGAAGACAUGGAAGGUAUCUUCAAGCACACGAAACAACCAAUAAUAAAGAGGACCUCUUUGAAUGUAAUGAGUAUGCUGAAGCCUUUACAUCUGAUUCCUCUUUUCAAGUCCCCCAGAGAAGUCAUUUGGAAGGAGAAUACUAUGAAUAUAAUCAAAUUUAUAAAACCUUUCCAUGUCACAGUCUUCAGCAAGUACAUAGAACUCAAACUGGAGAGAAAAGGUAUGAAUACCAUCAGUGUGACAAAGCCUUCGAAUGUCCCACUUACCUUCAAAUAAAUAAAAGACGUCAUACUGGAGAGAAACUCUAUGAUUGUAAUCAGUGUGGCAAAGCCUAUACACUGAAGAAGACUCUUCUUGCUCAUAUAAGAAAUCAUACAGAAGAGAAAGCCUAUGAAUGUAAUCAGUGCGGUAAAGCCUUUGUAUGCAAAAGUUAUCUUCGUGCUCAUGAAAGAACUCAUACUGGAGAGAAACCCUAUGAAUGUAAUCAAUGUGGUAAAACCUAUACACUAAAUAAGAAUCUUCUCUGUCAUAAGAGGAGUCAUACAGGAGAGAAACCCUAUGAAUGUAAUCAGUGUGGUAAAGCCUAUGCACUGAAAAAGAAUCUUGUCUCUCACCAUAGAAGUCAUACUGGAGAGAAAUCCUAUGAAUGUAAUCAAUGUGGUAACGCCUUUGCAGAGAAGUAUACACUUCUCAGACAUGAAAGAAUUCAUACUGGUGAGAAGCCUUAUGAAUGUGAUCAAUGUGGUAAAGCCUUUGCAAGGAAGCUUUUUCUUCUCUGGCAUGAAAGAAUUCAUACUGGAGAGAAACCAUAUGAAUGUAAACAAUGUGGUAAUGCAUUUGCAAGGAGGAGUUAUCUUCUCUGUCAUGAAAGAAAUCAUCAUACUGGAGAGAAAGCCUAUGAAUGUAAUCAAUGUGGUAAAGCCUUUGUAGAGAAGCGACGUCUUCACAGGCAUGAAAGAAUUCAUACUGGAGAAAAACCCUAUGAAUGUAAUCAGUGUGGUAAAGCCUUUUUAGAGAAGAGAGGUCUUCAGCGUCAUGAAAGAAUUCAUACUGGAGAGAAACCCUAUGAAUGCAAUCAGUGUGGUAAAACCUUUGUACAGAUGAGUUAUCUUCACAGCCAUAUAAAAAUUCAUAGUGGAGAGAAACCCUAUGGAUGUAAUCAGUGUGAUAAAGCCUUUACAGUGAAGUCUAAUCUCCGCAGGCAUGAAAGAAUUCAUAGUGGAGAAAAGCCAUUUGGAUGUAAUCAUUGUGGUAAAGCCUUUACACAGAAGUGCAUGCUUCAGAAUCAUGAAAGAAUUCAUACUGGAGAGAAACCAUAUCUAUGUAAUCAGUGUGGUACAGCCUUUACAAGGAAGCAGUAUCUUCUCCGUCACGGAAGAAUUCAUGCUGGAGAGAAACCCUGUUAAAGUAAUCAAUGUGGCAAAGCCUUUGUGGAGAAGAGUAGUCUUCACAUGCUUGAAAGAAGUCCCAGAGGAGAGAAACUCUGUGGAUGUAUUCAGUGUGGUAAACACUUUGCACAGAACUAUCAUCAUCACAUUCUAAACAUUGUUCUUCUUUCUUGAUGGUAUGAGGAACAAAAACAACCCAUAAGGGACAAAAACCAUAUUUUUCCAUUAAGGCGUAAAAAGCAAGUUUAAUUGACUAACAGAAGUGGCCAAUAAUGAGUAAUGUGAAGUAAACCCACUCCUAACUGUUCUAUUGUAAGUAACAUGAAAACACAUUCUGAGAACAAGUCUGUGUACUGAUGAAUAUUUCAGCAAAAGCUAAAUGUUUCAACUUCUAAUUACACACUAACCAAUCCAGUUAAAAUUGUAGAAGGAGGGAUGGCAUUGGACUCUUCCUCACAGGUUUACAUCAAUAAUAUAUUGCCUCACCCUCCCUGUGUCAUAAAUUGAAGGAUCUUGAUCACCUUUGUCUUCAAAAAUAUAUCACAUUGGUGAACUAUU